ACAGAAGUUUCAAGACAUUUGAACUGAACAGACAACAAAUAAAUAUGAAAUUUCUACUUUUUACUUUGGCUAUUUGCAUUUUUAAAUGUGUAAAUUCAAAUUUUGUCUGUCCAAUUGACUCGGAUCAGAAACCAAUUGAUGGAGCUUACAGAGAUCCAAACAUCUGUGGAGUCUAUUACCACUGCGUUGAUGGUAUGGCCUUUCCCCAACAAUGUCCACCCGGACUUCAUUUUCAACUUUCCGCUACACCUUGCCAUUUCUUUGCUUGCGUCCAAGCCAGCCAAUCGGAUUGCUCAUUGACAAAAAGUCCACUCAACAAAAAAGAAGACAUUACAACUGGAAUGAAGGAUUCCUCCCUUUUAAAAUCACUCAUUCAAAUGAAAGUACUACAAACAAGAGCCGAUGAAUGUCAACCAAAUUUGAAUAGUACUGUUGCAAGUUCCACAGACCCUUCCCUUUAUUUCAAUUGCGUAAAUGGUGUCGCUUGGCCACAACAAUGUCCUCCUCAAUUUAAAUUUAACCCAAAUUUUAACUUUGACAAAUGUUUGGGUGAAAUUUGCAGAAAAUCUUCUGGUGGAUCUCCACCAGUAGAUGGAAAUUGGAGUGAGUGGUCUGCAUGGAGCGCCUGCGAACCAUCCUGCGGAGAUGGAUUAAGAAUGAGAAGUAGAUUGUGCAAUAAUCCUCCACCAUCAAAUGGAGGUAAUGACUGCCAAGGUCAACCAUCGGAAAGUGAACCAUGUACAAAUGGACCCUGUUCUCAAGGUGGUGCUGCCUUUAUGGUCUCUCUAACCGAAACAACCAAUGGAAAUGCCGGAAUUAUGAACUGGACAUCAGUGAAUUUAAAUUCAGAUGAUAUGUUUAAUCAAGAAACAAAUGAUGUGACAAUUAAAACUGCUGGCCUGUAUUUUUUUUCAAUGGUUGCAACUACAACCAGUGGAAAUGUAAUAAAUAUGGCAACUGAAAGGACUGGAUUAAGUAUUGGAAUAAGCAGAGCAGCAUACGAAAAUGCCGAUGGUCCAGAAACCAUGUCAAGAUCAGGACUAUUUGUUCUAACUCCUGUCUUUAAACCUCAAAUGAAGUUAAAGACCCCAACAAGUCUUUACAGUACAGCUGAUGGAAGAGAAACUUCCUGGUUGGGUUUCAAUUAUAAAUCAGAUAGUUAUCUGUUUUGCGGAAGUAAUAAACGUCUUCCUACUGGAUUCGUAAAGUGGCCUAUAGUUUCAGCGAUGAAAGGUUUUAGAGAAAACAGCAUCUUGUCUCAAUUUAGAGUUGAAUUGGCUGGUCUAUACUUUAUAAAUGCCGGAAUGCUGUAUGGUUUUACUCAUAGUGAUUACUACAGAAUUGGUAAGCUUGCUGUUCAAGUACUUCGCAACAAUGAAUUAUUUGCAACUCCUUUGGAAUUUUCUGCAUCAAUUCAAAAUCGUCUGGGAACCGAACAAUUCACCAGAUCAAAUUUAGUUUCCCUGCAACAGGGUGAUGUGUUAACUGCCAAAGUAACAUUGCCUAUUCUUGGAGCUUCUGGACCAUUAGCAGGAGUUAAUACUGAAACUUAUAUGGGGGCUUUCAAAAUGAAUGAGGCAUUGGCAUAUUUCCAAGCAACAAGAACAGACAGCACUUGCAAUGAAUUUCGACGUGUCAAUUUGAAAGAUAUCAACGAUUCAACUGCAUCGUGGAAUGCAACAAGAAAUGAGUUUGUGGUGAAAAAUGAGGGAAUCUACUUUAUAGAGUUCACUUUUGAAAAGUACCACAAUUCAAAAUUAGACUUGAGAAUGUUCUUGAACAAUGAAAGAGUUGCAGUAUCAAUGAAGCAUAGUAUAUUAGGUAGGAACACCUUAUUCUCAAGAACUCUUCUGCUAAGUUUAAAGGAGAAUGAUAAAAUUCAUUGGGAGAAUUAUGGCUGUAUUAGUGAACAGGCCUUUGUUACAAUAAUACAGACUUCUUAAAGUUAAAAAGUUUCCAUUCCUAAUAAGUUUGUCAUUUUAAUAUCAAUAAACUAAGAUUAGAAAAUGA